GACGCAAGCCAAGGGCCGCGGCAGGGUUGGGCCUGCGGCCAGACCAGGAGGCUGACCUCCAGCCCGGGCGCCCGGUUCAGCGAUACCCCGGCCGGCGCCGGCGCCUGCCCGGCCCUGAGGGAGGCGGGGAAACAGGAAGGAGGCGGCGCCAUCAGAAGCCCGCGCCUCGCCCGCACCCUCACCAUCCCGCCCGCAGUCCGGGCUGGACUGGCCGGCGUCUGCGGAAGCUCCCUCGGCCAGGCCCAGUCUGCCCGAGCCGCGCUGAGACCUGGACAGCGGCAGCGCGGAGAGGAGGUGGCAGCAGGCCGGGAGGCCGGAGCCGGGCCAGCGACCCGCCAUGGAGACCCGCUACAACCUGAAGAGUCCGGCUGUUAAACGUUUAAUGAAAGAAGCAGCAGAAUUGAAAGAUCCAACAGAUCAUUACCAUGCACAACCUUUAGAGGAUAACCUUUUUGAAUGGCACUUCACAGUUAGAGGGCCCCCAGAUUCUGAUUUUGAUGGAGGAGUUUAUCAUGGGCGGAUAGUACUGCCACCAGAGUAUCCCAUGAAACCACCAAGCAUUAUUCUCCUAACGGCUAAUGGACGAUUUGAAGUGGGCAAGAAAAUCUGUUUGAGCAUCUCAGGACAUCAUCCUGAAACUUGGCAGCCUUCAUGGAGUAUAAGGACGGCAUUAUUAGCCAUUAUUGGGUUUAUGCCAACAAAAGGAGAAGGAGCCAUAGGUUCUCUAGAUUAUACACCCGAGGAAAGAAGAGCGCUUGCCAAAAAAUCACAAGAUUUCUAUUGUGAAGGAUGUGGCUUUGCCAUGAAGGAUGUCCUGUUGCCUUUAAAAUCUGGAAGUGAUUCAAGCCAGGCUGACCAAGAAGCCAAGGAACUGGCUAGACAAAUCAGUUUUAAGGCAGAAGUCAAUUCAUCUGGAAAGACUAUCGCUGAGUCAGACUUAAAACACUCUUUUUCACUAAAUGAUUUACAAGAUGAUAUACCUACAGCAUUCCAGGGUGCUACAGCUAGUACAUCGUAUGGGGUCCAGAAUCCCCCGUCAGCAUCCUUUCAACAGCCUACCCAACCUGUAGCUAAGAAUACCUCCAUGAGCCCUCGACAGCGCCGGGCCCAGCAGCAGAGUCAAAGAAGAUCAUCUACUUCACCAGAUGUAAUCCAGGGCCAGCAGCCAAGAGACAACCACACUGAUCAUGGCGGAUCAGCUGUACUGAUUGUCAUCCUGACUUUGGCAUUGGCAGCUCUUAUAUUCCGACGAAUAUAUCUGGCCAAUGAGUACAUAUUUGACUUUGAGUUAUAAUAUUGUUUUGUGACUUAAGAGCUGUGACUCAACUGCUUCAUUAAACAUUCUGCAUUGGGUAUAAUCUAAGAAUUGUUUACAAAAAGAUUAUUUUAUAUUUACCCUUCAUUCCUUUUUUUGAUUCUUAAAAGUUCAGUAUAAGUAUAGCUAGACAUUCAGACUAUGUCCAGCAGUGUGUCCUGCUUACUUUAAGGGACCGGAAAUGAAAGUUCCUUGUCUCACCAUUUGAUCUGCUUUACCGAGAAAUAAUUUAUUGUUGUUUCUCAUGCCUCAGCUUCUUUUUGUGUAAAUUUGUGAACUUUUCUGUAUAGCCCUUGGAAAUUUUUAGAUAAAAGAUGAUGUUUUAAGUUCCAAUGAGUAUUACUAAUUACUUGAUACCAUUUAUUGAAUACUCUGUUUCUACUUAUAUAGAAUGAUACAGGGAUAAAAGAGUUGAAAAGGGAAAGCAAAACUCUUCAGGUAGCUUUCAUGUCAUUCAUAGGAAGUAUGCUGGGAUUGCUCAUUCUGUGACUUAGUGUCCUAAACAUUCUUCAGUGAAAAUAAAUAUAUUUCAGUCAAAUGUUUAUGAGGAGAUGAGAUCACAUAUUUGUUAUUGGAUGUUACUUGAAGAGGGAGUACUUGUAACCACUUUCAUGUACUGUUAUCCCUCAUCUCCAAUAUGCACACAAAUUUAAAAAGAAAGACAACAAUCUGCUACAGAUCCUAAUUUUAAGGAAGAAAGGGUCCAUGCCAGGAAAUCACUUGGUUUUCCAGAAGUAGGAGAAUCUUAAGAUUUGAAUGUUUGCUCUGCUUUGAAUUGUAUAUCUUUGAGAUGUAUUAUAUGCCUAGCUUUGUAAUCACUAUAAAUUUUAAUUCUAAGAAUAUGCAUAAUGUUGAAAUAUUUCAUGUACCAUUUUAAUAGAAAAGCUCAGGGCCCAAGUAACAGUGAUAGAAGUUAGAAAAACCUUUACUUAGAAUUGUCUACCUAAUUAAAGCCCAAGAAAAAAUUUUCAGAGGAAAAAUCAAUAUAUAACUUAGUACUAGCUAGCUCCACAGACUCUAAUAGAUAAUUUUAUCAUCAUAAUGCCUGUGAGACCAUAUAAUUACAGAAAAACAUUGUUUUCAGCAGUUUAGGUAGCAGCAUUGAGGGUACUCUUGAUUGUGGUGUUAAUGAAGACUUAAUUUUUAAAUACAGGCAGUCCCUAGCUUUCAAAUAGGUUAUGCUCUAAAAGUACAUUUAUAAGUUAAUUUUUUUUUACAGUCAAACAAUGUUGUAAAUGGUAUUUAGGUUCUAGACCAGUCCAUAAAAGUUAGCCCAUGUGUAUCUUUAAUAGUGUGGGGGAGGGUAUUCAUAAAGUCCUUAUGUGGUUUUAACUAACUGAAAUUAUGGGGCAAGAUAGAAAUAAUUUGUAAAAUCAUUUUAAAGGCAAAUUUAAUUUUUACUCCUGUUUAUGAGACUUUGGUUCUAUUAACUAGCAAACACAAUUUGUUUUCAUAGCCAGUUUUCCUUUAUGUCUACACCUAAAACAGGAAUAUAUUGUAUACAAUACAGAAUUGUCCUAAACUUUAAUAAAUUAGCAUUUUAAAGGU